GAGCCACUGGAAGGUUGGUGUGUGGUUGUGUGGGUACUCCCAUGUUACUCCGUGGCUGUGCUGCAUUAGUAUUCUCAUAGAUCCUUGAGCGAGGGAGACAUUUUGACUUCUGCGUCCCUGUAAAAGUGUUUAAAACCUAAGCAGCGUAUCCCCAAAGCUGAUGUGUUUAGGUGAAUCAGUCAAGUGUCUAAAUAAAUACGAGAAAGUUUAUAGUUUAUUCUUUUCUUCUACCAUUGGUCAACCCAAGUAAAAUGCCCACUUAUGGCUGUUUCUUGUGGCUUGUAGUCUGUAUAUAUCAGUGUGUAAUCAGCAGAGUCUUAUCUCAAUCCUGUGUGUUCACUUUUGUCUGUUUAUACCUCGGGGGCUGUUAGCAACUCUGGUGAAAUCAUGAGGGCGUGUUCAGUGUCCUUGGGAUCCAUUCCUUGUUUUCCAUGUGUCCCGGGGGUUGGAAGGCAGCUGAAAGUUCAAACAGAGACACACUCCCUCAUGCUCUACAUGGCAAGAGCUCAGAGAUUAAGGGGUUUCUCUGCACCGCCAACAACAGGGAUUGCUCGCAGUUUGCAACUUGCCAAAGAAGAAGGAUGAUUCAGUUUUUUUGAGCUGUAACUUUUGUGUCUGUUACAGAUAUGCCUUUGUUGCAAAAUCAGCAGUUAAAGUUUUGUUUUUCUUCUGUGCAUCUACUUGCUCGAGACAGGUAGAAUAGAGCGGAGCAAAAAGCAGCUACCAUCUAAAUGCCUGUUUGAUUCUGCUAAGGAAAGGAGCCAGAGGAUGCAGGUGGCAGCGAGGCUUUGAACUAACUUGUUUGAAGUUGUUUUUUUUCUUUCCUCAUGUCAAAGGUGAAAGAUUAUACCUGGCAGAGGAAUUUAGUCUUCAAAUGAAGGACUUCAUGAGCUGAAUCUCAACUCUCUGGCAGAAUGUAACACACUGGUUUCAGUGUGUUGAUGAGGAUGAUUGUGUGAAUCGGUCUGAAUGAAGUGUGAUGCUAUUCCUUAGCAGUGGGAACGUGGAUGUGACCCCAAGGAGUACAGCUAUAGAACAGCAGCAGCAGGAGAUAACUGUAUACCAAGUCUCUGUAAUCUUGAAAGAAACACAUACAGAUGCACCGGUGUCAGAGCUGGAAAUGGGCCAGGUCACUCACACCCUGGUUGGGAAUUGUCAGCCAAAUGGAGAAAUGACUUGUAUAGUCCAAAUGGAGAAAAGCCCGAGGUUGGGCAAGGCACAGCACGAGCUCAGCAGGUGGCUCUCCCUCAGUAGCGCCGGGAGGCAUAGAGAGGAGGUAGUGAUGGAGGAGGAUGAGGAGGAGUUGGAGGAGGUGAUUGCGGGAAAAAUGAAGACAGACAAGUUUGUUAAACCACCUUCAAAAUACACAGGAAACUCCUUACAACAACACAGAGACGUGGUGGAGCUAACAGCUCAACCAGACGCCAAGGAGCAGCUCAUUCAGAGCUCAACAUUGUGCUCUGCCACCAUCCAGGCUAAAGGACUUGUUCAUGGGAAUCAUGACAGUGCACCAGGAAGAAGGUCUCUGCCUUGGGCCCUGCUACGAAGGUCACAUAAGGAUGAAGCCCUGCUCGGCAGAAGGACGAUGAGCAUGUAUGACGGUCCGGUCAAGGUCCAAAGAGAUCGUGAGCCCGAACAAGAACGACGGCUGCUAAGGCCCAGGAGCGUUUGCAUGCUUCCAGGCGCAGUCGCAGUUCUGCCAGAGCCCCAAGCCCAGGAAUCCUGCAAAUGGACAGGAAGUUUAGACAGCCACCAGCACAGGAGCAGGAAGGCUGAGCUAAGAGCAGUGGAUGGCCUCAAUCCUGUUGUGGCUCAACGGCCAUCAGGCCCUGUGGAGGUGAACCUUAGGGUCCGCCAGAGGAGCUGGAAGCCCAGGCCCGUCAGUAUGACAGUACUGGAACUAAAAAAGAGGGGCUCUGAUGAUGAGAUAAACAGCGAGAGGAGUGGUAGCCACAGAGGUGGCGAAGGAGAGGGAUUUUUCAAAGGAGGCUUACGAUGGAAACUGUUUGGCAAAACCUCUCAAGAGAAGAACAAGGAAAAGCAAAAUGACAAAGAUGCAAAAAUUUCCCCCAAAAACAACAAAUCUGAUACUUCAAGAAGUACACUGAGCUCUUUAAGACGGAGUUUUAGUCUGCGAAUCAGGAGGACUCGUCCUAGGGAUUUGGGUCCUGGGGUAGAGUCAAAGGAGUACUCUCAGACUAAAAGUACUGCUGAAGAGGCAACGAUGCCUCCUCAACCCUUCUCGUACCUCACAGGAAGAAAGAUUUCAACUUCCAGUGAUCAGACGGAAGAUGGAGGCAUGCAGUACAUUCAGUAUCACAGCAGGGGGAAGGUCAAGGUAAUGGAGGUACCCCUCCAUCCACCAAAACUGACUUCCAAACCAGUUCAGGAAGAACAAAGUAUAUGGCAGCUCAUAGCAAACCGUUUCAGGAGGAAAGACCAGCCAAGCAGUGGCAAAAGUGAAAUUCAGCAGUCCCAAGGCAAAGACAGUGGUCAAUAUCCCCACACUGGGAAUAAUAAGUCACAGCCUGUCACCAUAGAGACUCUGGCAGGCAUUGACUCCCACAAAGGUCAAGACUCUUUUGUCAACAGCCAGGAAUGGACAUUGAGUCGAUCAGUGCCGGAGCUGAAAGUGGUGAGUAACUUUUUUUUUGUUGUUUUUGACGAUCCUGGUGUUAAUUUGCCCUCAGAGUUAGGUGGACGUUUCAAGAAAGAAAUUGUGGUGGAUGGACAGAGCUACUUACUUCUGAUCAGAGAUGAAGGGGGGCCUCCAGAAUUGCAGUUUGCUGCCUGGGUGGAUGCCGUGGUUUUCGUUUUCAGCCUGGAGGAUGAGAUCAGUUUCCAGACGGUCUACAAUUACUUCUUGCGCCUUUCCAGCUACAGGAACACAGCAGAGGUCCCCAUGGUCCUCGUUGGAACACAAGAUGCAAUCAGUGCUGCCAACCCCAGAGUGAUUGAUGACUCACGGGCCAGAAAGUUGUCAAAUGACCUGAAGCGCUGCACGUACUACGAGACCUGCUCCACCUAUGGCCUGAAUGUGGAGAGAGUCUUCCAGGACGUUGCCCAGAAGGUUGUGGCCAUGAGGAAAAAGCAGCAGCUCUCUAUUGGUCCAUGCAAAUCACUCCCGAACUCUCCCAGCCACUCAUCAGUCCCCGCUGCAUCGAUCCCCUCUGUUCACAUUAACCAGGCGGCCAAUGGUGGGGGUGCGUUCAGCGACUACUCCUCCUCCGUUCCCUCCACCCCCAGCAUAAGUCAGCGGGAGAUGCGCAUUGAGACCAUCGCUGCCUCCAACACGCCCACGCCCAUCCGCAAGCAGUCAAAGCGCCGCUCCAACAUUUUCACAUCACGGAAAGCCAGUGAACAAGCAAAGAGCGUUGACAGUAAAACAGACAGCAUAGGCAGUGGAAGGGCCAUACCUAUCAAACAGGGAAUCCUUCUGAAGCGAAGUGGCAAAUCCCUCAACAAGGAGUGGAAAAAGAAAUAUGUCACACUGUGUGAUAAUGGCGUCCUCACUUACCACCCCAGUUUACAUGACUACAUGCAGAACGUGCACGGAAAAGAGAUUGACCUGCUGAGGACAACAGUUAAGGUGCCUGGGAAGCGACCGCCCAGAGCAGUGGCCACCGUCGCCCCCACUGCUAGUCCCAAAACCAACGGGCUGACCAAGGACCGCAGCACUUUGCAGCUGGGCAUAGGAAACACAGGCGCUUCUCACUCCAACAGCAGCACAUCCCUCCAAACGGGCGGGUCGGCGUUUGGCGGCAGUAAAGAUGGCAUGCACCAGCGCUCCUUCUCUGUGUCCAGCGCCGACCAGUGGAAUGAAGCCAUCAACACCAGUACAAGCAGCGGAGCCCCUAACGGGACGAGUGAUCCGACCGGUUCGAGUGUGGGCAGUGCAACGAGUCCUAAACUUGAGCCGCCUCCCUCGCCACACGCAAACCGCAAGAAACACAGACGGAAAAAGAGCACAGGCAUCACAAAGCCAGAUGGCUUAUCCACAGGCAAUGAAGAGCAAGAGGAUUCCUUUGAGUUCGUGAUUGUGUCGUUGACGGGUCAGACGUGGAACUUUGAAGCGUCCACGUAUGAGGAGAGGGAACUGUGGGUCCAAGCUAUCGAGAGCCAGAUUUUCGCCAGCCUGCAGUCUUGUGAAAGCAUAAAGAACAAGUCUCGGUUGGGCAGCCAAAGUGAUGCAAUGGCCAUUCAGUCCAUACGAAACGUGAGGGGGAAUAGCUUCUGUGUGGACUGUGACGCACCAAACCCCGACUGGGCCAGUUUGAACUUGGGUGCCUUGAUGUGCAUCGAAUGCUCAGGCAUCCACAGGAACCUGGGCACCCACCUGUCUCGCGUGCGCUCUCUUGACUUGGACGACUGGCCGGUGGAGCUCAGCAUGGUGAUGACUGCCAUCGGUAACGCAAUGGCCAACAGUGUGUGGGAAGGCGCUUUGGAGGGGUACACCAAGCCAGGGAGCGACAGCACCAGGGAAGAGAAGGAGCGCUGGAUCCGAGCCAAGUACGAGCAGAAGCUGUUCCUGGUGGGACUGCCCCAGUCAGAUGUGCCUCUGGGGCAGCAGCUGCUUCGGGCGGUGGUGGAGGAUGACCUGAGGUUGGUGGUGCUGCUGCUGGCCCAUGGCACCAAGGAGGAGGUUAAUGAGACCUACGGGGAUGGAGAUGGACGCACCGCUCUGCACCUCUCGUGUGCUAUGGCCAAUGUAGUCAUCACACAGCUGCUCAUCUGGUACGGUGUGGAUGUGAAAAGCCGAGAUGCCCGCGGCCAAACGCCGCUGUCCUACGCCCGGCGGGCUGUGAGCCAGGAGUGCGCGGACAUAUUACUCCAACACGGUUGCCCCAACGACACCAGCAGCCUGACCUCCGUGCCCACGCCCAACAUGAGCCGCCGCAACCCCAACAUCAACAACAACAACGCCCAGUGUGAGCUCAACCGCAGUAUCAGCAUCAUGUAGGAGCCAGAAAGCAGCUGCAGACGAGCACCCACCUAAACCCACCCGUGUCUCCUCCCAGUACUUCCUCCUCUGUUUCUCACACUGUGUAACCCAAAACCAGUACGCACGGAUAGGUAUCAGGAGCGACGGACCUACUGCAGAUAUUCCACCGCGCUGACAGAAGUGGGAGCGUUUGGGGUUUCGGACAUUGUACAUUGUUUAUUUUAUAUUAUUAUUUUUUAUUCCUGUUGUUUGUUAAAUUUAUUCAAUCUCGGUCUGAAGUGAUCACGAUGAGCUUUAAGCUUUUUUGUUUUUUAAGCGUCAACCAAACAAAUGACUUACUUUGGCAUUCAUACCUACUCUACGAAAAGCAUUUCCUUAAUGCUUGAACAUUUCCUUUUUAUGUCUUCCCCUUCUGCGAUGUGAACUGAUUAUACAGUGUGAAUGAGAAACUUCCUUCAAAUUUCCAAUCCUAAGUGUAAUAACAUAAAACUGUAAAGAAUAGUUUUAGAAGUGACAAAACACUGAUGUGGGAAAGAAACUAAAUCUCUCUUGAUAUCAGUGGCUGUUGCAGGCUUUCGUAAUGAUGCAUGUCUUCAACACAGCUAUCAAACUCUUGACAUACUAUUCAUAUACAAAGGCAAAGCAAUUAUAGUUAAAGAGUCCAAAUGAUUUAGAUACUUAAUUUACAGGGAAAUGGAUUCAGAUCAUCAUAAAGGGGUUGAUUGCACAAUUCCUAUCGGGUGAAAUUGAGUCAUUUCCUUCGCCACCCUUAUCGUGAUGCUCGGGUAAAAGUGUCCGUGACUACAAAGGAAUUAAGGGGCAUAAUGUUUUAUGACCAUUGAGCCACAUGGCUUUGUACGUGUUCCUCUUCAAUCAGAAUUCAUUCAGAUUCAAAGGUUUGAUUAAAGCAGUGAAAUUGUGCCAUUACAAUCUUUUUGUUGGAGUAAUUUCCCAAAUGACAAGAUUGUGUUGAUAAUUGACACAGAUUCGUGCAAUUUCAUCCCGUGAGUGUCCUGGAAUAUCCACUCGCCUCCUGUGGCCGAAGGCUGUCGUAUUUGGUACUCUAAAGAAGACUUCCUCUGUUGUUGCUGUGAAAUGCAUAUACUGGUACUGUGUGUGUGCGAGCGCGCGUGUGCGUCCAUACAUAACGCUACGAUACGUUUGUGCUUGCGUGUUCGUGGGCAUUUCUGUUGUUGAAAGGACGCCGGAGAGGUGACAGAAACUGUCAGUGACGAUUUGGGAUCAUAACUGUGUAACAAUGUACAGACCACUGUAAAAAGUAGUUCUUCUUCCUUUGCCUUAUUCCUUAUAAGAAGUUUGAACUUAGUCGAUGAGAAGCAGCCUUUUACCUUCUCCUUAAACCUCUGUGCUCUCCCCCUGAGAACCUGUCAGCCCGAAAGCAGGGAGCUAACAACGCGCAUUCACGUGACUGACGUGAGACAUUUAGGGAUUCGAAUGAGCAAAGAUGUUCAUAUAUAUAGAGAGACGAGUAUAAUUAGUUUGCAUUAUUACAAAUGUACAGUAUUCCACAGACGUGAUAAGCCAACUCAUUUAGAGUAAGUGGGACUCGGACGUAAAAAUGACUUUAGAUGGAGUCGGCACAAUGUGGGUGUAUUUCUCCUUUUAUUAAACUGCCAUUUGUGAGGUUUUAAAACAUCUUGAUUUUACGUGUUUACAUAGGCAGAAUGUUUGUUUACAGAGCAAGUUAUGAACUUGGUACCUUAUCUACAUGGUUUUGUUGUUGCGUUACAGUAUUCCUGUUUUCAGAGCCUACUGAAAAUGACCAUGGGGUCAAAAGAGGGUUUUGUUCAUCCAGGCGAUGGAGAUACUGUAAAAGAAAGUUUUGACAUUUUAAAAAAAAUAUAUGCUUAUUUGCUUUCUUGAUGGGAAGAUUGUGUACAGAUGUUUUUCCAGAGCAGCCAUAUGAAGUAGUUAUCAACCACAUUUGGUAAAGGUUCUACUUAGGUACAUUACACCUUGUUUACAGAGCCGUUACCACGAUGGAACUAGGCCUAAUAAAGAAGUUACACCAUACGUCCCUAUAUUUCUGGGGUUUCUUGCUUUGGAGUUUAUGCACACCUAAGAGUCGUAUCGAUCUUCCUGUCUUCCUCCCAGCAAGAGGCGCAUAAGCAUAUUUAAUAAAAUGUCAAAUUAAUCUUUGAAGACAUCCCCAAAAGAAAUCAAACUGACUUCUUUGAAUUUACUAGUACUGUAAUGUAAUACUGGCCUUAUUUCUGAUCUUUACUUGACCAACCUGUUUCAUUGAGUGCAUUUUGUUGUCCAAGGGGAUCAGUAAGAGGAGUUAAGCGUGUACAGUGAUUACCCUUAUUUACAUACUGUAGAUGAUUUAAAAAAAAAACACUAGAAAUCUGCCUGUUUUUCCCCCUGAAAACAAGAUGAAGUGUAAAUAUUAGCUUAAUGCUUUUAUCUGAAGACAAACUCCUGAACUGAAAUGGUUUUCGGUCUUCCUGACCAACAAACCGUAUUUUGAUAUGUUUUGUUUUGUUUGUUUGUUUCUUCUUUGGCAUAUUUUUUAAGGUACUUCUGUUUGGUCUUGCCGUUAACCGACCAUCUUUGGUACUUGUGUAUAAUGAUGUACAUUUAACAUAUUUAUAAUGCAGUAUGUAAAUAUAUUUUCUUGUUUUUGUUUUGUUUUUUGCUCAUUUUCCUAUUGUAAUUCCUUUACAUUCAGAACGUGACUCAAAAGCUAAAGAAUAACUUGUUGUAUGCUUGGAUGCUUGGCUGACAGUUGACCUAUUAAUAAACACUCAAAUAAAAACGAUGUAGCCUUCCCUGGAUUUAGGGAAAUCAA